CAUUCUCCCUCCCAUUGCUCUCAGAUGCGAAACAAGCAAGAAACAAGAAACACCCACCAAUAGCUCUACGAAAUGCCAAAACAGAGAAGCUCCAGAAAACCUACAGCCACACAACACGAGCUAACCAGUCCUCUCCGUCGAUCUAAGAGAAUUCUCCAUCAAAAGCCCCAUGAUCUGAAUGCUAACAACCCAAAACCCUCAAACAAUAACGGAGAUAACACGCAAAAAGCUUCAAAGGAACUGGGAAAAUCCGAUGGAAGGUCCUCAAUUUGCGCGGCUCCCGUUCUUGGGUUGAGAAGAUCUCCAAGGUUUAGUAAGAGGGUGGAAGGCGUUUCCAAUAUUAGGCGAUCUUUGAGGCUUUCUUUGCUGGGAAACACUAAUGCCAUUCAAGAGAAGAGUGACCAAGACAAGUUGAAGAAGAGUAGUGAUAAUAAGUCGAAGAAACUCAGACAUUCUGCUUCAAAUAAAUCAAUCGAUCGCGUUUUGAAUAUAUCUACAGAUAAUAAGGCGCUUUUGUUAAAUAAAGAAAAAGGGGAAGUGCAUGUGGGUUCAUGUGAUGAGAUUUUGCACAAAAACGAAAGGAGGACUCAGAGUUGUGCCAAUGUUGAAGUGGUCAUAGCACUUGAAGCAGCCAAAGGAAAAAUUGUUCUUGGAAGAAGCAAAGAGCCUAGGGUUAUUGGGAAGAGGAAGAGGGUAGAAGAAGGUAAUUAUGGAAGUGUUAAAGGGUGGGCAAAGGAGCAAGAAGUGGCAUUGCAGAGAGCUUAUUUUGGAGUCAAGCCCACUCCUCAUUUCUGGAAGAAGGUUUCUAAACUGGUGCCUGGAAAGACCGCACAGGAUUGCUUUGAGAAGAUCCACUCAGACCAUAUAACUCCACCUCAACCUCUGCCUCGAUCAAGGGCAAAGAGAAUGAACUCAUCACCUCUUGGAUGUUUUUCACUUUCUGCAGGCAAAUUGCUAGGCUCCUCUGAGCUGAAGGUUAAAAGGUUAAGUUGUCAUAAACAGAAGAGUCAUAUUGCACUGAAAACUGCCAGACACUUGCUGCAAAAGCAUAAUCGCGCGGACCAGAAUUAUGAAGCAGACCUAUUCUCCAUCCUUGAGCCCAAUGUGAAUCUAUCCAGACAAGAUACUCAGAUGAAAAACGCUGUUUCUACCCCAAAGCAUUCACAAGAAAAACAGGGAUUUCUGCAGAAGUGCCAUGAGAGAUCUUCUUCUGGUCAGAAAAAGCCCCUUUCUAGAUUUAGAAGUUCAUGUGAGACAGAUCUUGUUAGUCCCCCGGUAUUGAAGCAGGUGAAAAACAAGGCUUUGCAUGAGAAAUAUAUAGACCAGUUACAUUGCAGAGAAGCUAAGAGAAAGGCAGCGUGUGCACACGUAGGAAAAGAGAAUAGUGGGCAGGUCAACAUUCAGAAAGUAGAUGUGGUUAGAGCAGCAAAAAAUGCCUUGGUUUCUGAUGCAAGAUAUGCUAUUAAUAAGCUCCAAGAUCUGCAAACUGAUGCCAAGGGAGACUCUUCUGAUUCUGACGAUGAUGGUGUCAACAGUGAUGAUGCUGAAGUUGAUGGACUCUGACAUUGUUUUAACAGUUAGCAAUUGUAACAAAGUUUACUUAGAUCUAGCAUUUUAGCAUUACAAACUGAAGCUGCCUUGUGUAAAUGGUAAUCCUUUGACCUCUGUUGUAGAAUAAUCUUCUUCUGAGUUGGAUUGUUUUGUAAAGGUUUAGUAGGAGUUUACCCAGUUAAACUAGAGAUCUUUGAGAGGCUAUAAUGGGCAGCAUGUAUGUGUGCUCUUAGAGUAUGCUUGAAUAUGCAUGAAUACCAUGGUGAAAGAUAGUGAUGAUAAUGACUGCAAUUGAGGUUAUAUUGGCCUCGUAAAUUUAUCCUGCCA